UUCUAAAUCGUAGUCCUGGUUACGAUAUAGAGAGAAACUCCGCUAUUAAUAGAGGGAGAAUUUUCGCCAAGUGCGACAAGAUUAUCAACGUCGACGACGGCGACGGCGGCUGUCGCCGCGUCGCGAUCCUUAAAGGGCUUCUAUAUAGGACACGCUGCCUCUCUACAAUAUGAGAGAUCGCUUCGUGGAAGUAUACACGUGUGCAGGCUUCUUCGCAGCGUCAUAUCGCGACGCGCGGAGAGGGAGAAAGAGAGAAAGAGAAAAAGAAAAGAGAUAGGGAAAGGGGGAGAAGGAGAGAACGAGAGAGAUGGAGAGAAGGUAACGCGAUUCUAGUGAGUCAUCGAGCUAACCGUUCGUGCGUCCAACAGUCAGGAAGUUAGCACUAUCAGCCGUCGUCGACGUUUUCUUUGUGCGCAGUUCUGGUUAUCAGUGGUGGUCAAAAUGUGACGCUCCGUCGUGGGUCGCGCGCAAGAAGCGGGAAAGAGAGAGAGAGCUGGCGGAUUUUCGCUCACGUUUUUCCUCGGUUUUCUCUCAUCUACUCGUCCUUUCCUUUUUCUUCCCUUUCUUCAUUCUCGUCUCUUUUCUUCUUUCGCGCAAAUUGCGAUCGCUAACGCGCGAUACGUGUGCGACUAUCGACUCGUUCUUUUAAUCGCAUCAUGCGAGGUGGUCGUAUGCACGCACGCACACGCGCGCGCGCGCGCACACGUGCCGAUUUUUAAAUCUCGUUACCGCAUUAACAGCAUAUAUACGUGUCCUACGUCGUAUUUAGGCGCACGCGAGAGCGUUAUUCGCGUCGCGCGCACUUCGGCCGAUUAACGAGGAAGCCGUAGGGUGAAAGACGAGGAUUGACUCCGCCGCAUCGAGUAAAAUCCAUUUCCAUGGCGACGUUCAGUCAGGAAGAGAUAGACUUUAUAAAGGAGCACGGGAACGAGUACUGUAGGAGAAUAUGGCUUGGCCUAAUGAAUUCGAACUCGCCUCAAAACUUGGACACCAAGGACGAGCAGAAGAUGAAGGACCUAAUGAGCGCGAAAUACGAGCUGAAGAGAUACUACCUGGAUCCGUCGAUCGCGAAUCAAAACACGGUGCAGCCGAAAUCACAGUCCACGAGCAACAUUCCGCGAGUUCCGAACUCGAGCACGUCCACGACACUGGCCGCGCCGGUCAACCAGAAAUCGACGAACAACGCGGCGUCGAUCAGCACAAACAAUUUCUCCACGGACUUCGUCGCCGACUUCAGCAAAGUUCCCGACCCCUUCUGCUCGACGACGUUAUCCAGCCAGUUUCCCAGUCAGCCGAUCGCUCCGCAACCGUUCUUCGCUAACUUCGACAACAAUCCAGUCUUCAAUAAUUCAAAGAGCUCGGAAACGUCGACAAUAUUUAAUCAGGUCGGUGGCAAUUCCACGAUGAACAUGAACGGGGCACACGCGCCACCCUCGGAAGAUCGUUACGCGGCACUCAAAGACUUAGAUUCGCUGAUGAAGCAGACGCAAUUGAAAGAAGAGACUACGGCCAACCUAUCAGCGUCUACAUGGAACGCGAAUAAUUCGAAUGCACCAAACGCCACAUGGAGCAUCGUAAGCAAUCAACCGCACGUCAUCUCGAAUCCGUUUACCGGUGGAGAUUUAUGGCGGCCGCCCGCGAACGUAGUCAACAAUAAUACUCAGCCCGUCGAUAGCUCUCUGUGCAAUCCUGCGAAUCCGUUUAAACCGACUACAUUUCCUGUAAAUAAUGACCCGCAGUGGCUAGGUAUUGGGUCAGCCAGUAAUGGUGAUGUCCUCCAAUUCAGUCAGAUCAUGACGCCGUUAGCGAACAAAGUGUGGCAGCCGACGGUUCCGGCGUACCACGCAAAUCCAUUCAUGGUGGGCACGGGCGUAAGCAACAUGACAAGGAAUUCGAACAACCCCUUCUUAUGAUUAAGUACGCAUAAGCUUUUAACGGAGUUACGAACAAAUAAUGCGAAACUAAAAUACAUUUAGACUAGGCGAAUUGUUACGUGACCUUACUGGCAAUUAGUGCCAUUAACUUUUAUCCCCUGGAGCGCACCAAUCUCAUAUCUAUAUAAAUAAAAUAAUACUUUUAUUUAUGAAUAUAAUAUACACGUUAAUAAAGAUUAAUAUUUGUUACUAA